AGGAGUUGCGUGUCUUACAACACACCUAUUAGUUUUUGACAAUGAAUACGAUACGUCUGGAUAAAUCAGCUUUACAAGCAGUGGACGACUACUGGGAGUACAGAAGGAUUGUGGGUGAUGAUGAUGGUGGAAAACUGUUCACUCCAGAGCAAUAUGAAGAGUACAAAAGAAAAGUUCUUCCUCUUCGUGUUCAAAACAGGUUGUAUGUGAGCUUUGGGGUACCAGGGGGUGUUGACUGCAAACAGAUUGGCCCUGAGACGCAGUGUUUCUGCACUCACAGGUAUAAGCAGCACAGGACAGAGUGGGAGGUGGUUCCCUCUGAGCGACCUCUUGCACUGCCAUGCCAGGUUGGGGGAUGUCACUGUUCUGUGUUCCAGUACGUUCCUCGACUUGGAUCAAAUUCCGUGCGCUGCAGGUGUAAACACUUACCCCAGGAUCACAAUGAAGCCAUGGAUCACGUGUGCAACAAGUGCAAUAACUGUUCAGGGUUUCAGAGUCCUUACACUUGUGGUUGUGGCCAUCCUUGUUCCAGACACCAAACCCUGGUGGAGACAAAAGCAGAGAGGGAGGCAAGAGGUCAGCCUGUUGGCAGAGCUGUUCCUUACACUGCCAUGGGAGGCUUGACAAGCUUAAGCUCUUUGCUGGAUGGUUACCUUAGUCUGGAAGCUACCUGCUCAGAUGAAGAUGGAGACGAAGACUUCCUGCAGAGACGCUCAGCAUCGACAAUGAACUACUCAUCUCCCAAAGCAUCUGGUUCUGCUCUUCGUAAGAAACAGACCAAGAAACACUGA